UCACUUCCGGAUAGCGGGUUGAGGGCGCGCCAUGAGACUGCGCAUGCGCACGAGUUUCACACGUCAACUUCGGCGUCCCGGCGACUCGGUUGUCACUGCGCAUGCGUACGCGGAUUGCGUACUGACAGCUAGUAUUUGUCGCUAGAUUUGCGACAUUGAUUUUUUUUCUUCCCCCCAACAGAAAUGAAAUCUGUUAAUCCUAAAAUGAACCUUUAGUUUAAAAAUUCGCGUCUGCCGAUGGAAAUCGUCAGCGCUGUACAUAUCAUUAUUUUUGCAAUGAUUUUCUCGGGGUAGCUGCACAGGCUAAGCUAAGAUAAUAGUUUAGUCCACAUCAGUCCGUUCUAUAGCGGGUUAGCUUAGCUGGUUUGGAUUAGCCAGUUUGUAUAUUUUUGCUCCUUCAUUUUAUUAACGCCCGUUAAAAUAAUGCUAGUGAUGCAUGGUUAUGUUGCACCGUGAUAUGGUGUACAGCUGUGUUUACUGCUGCGUUGCUAGCUGGCUAACUGCAGCCUGUCAACCGUCAGACAUAGCGUUAGCGUUAGCAUUAGCUCGCUGAAUGACCGAAAUCGCAGUCGAGCUGAAAUAGGCACGAAAACACCUCCAGCUUUGUGUCUCCAUCUCACAGGAAUGGUUUAAGGUCGGGAAAGAUGUGUUCUUGUUUUCCUCAGGGCUUUAUCUGAGUGUCAGUGGACAAUUUUGCUCUUUUUGCCUGGUUUAUAAAGCUAGAUAAAGCUAACAACAGAUAACUGGAACCAGAUGUUGGAGAACCGUUAUUACCAUAAAUGCUGUAAUAUAUGACACCGUGAAUUAUAUAGGAUUAUAUAACGCUAUAGGCACAAUGUCUCCCAGGGCAGCUGAGACAGCCUCUGAUUCACAUUAAAGGGGCUUCACAUCUAUUACACAUCCCUUCUUAACGCUACUGGAACCCUGUUAUUUAAUUUUGGGUCAUUUCUGAGAACCCAGUCCGUGACGAGGUGAUAUCUGAGUCAAGAAUCUCAGCAUGAAGAAGUUCUUCGACUCUCGGAGGGAGCUGGUUAGUGUUGGUCCUGGCUCUGGAGGUGGUGGAGGAUCCAGUGGAGUCGGUGGGAACUUCAUCGGCCGGACCUUCACCAUCGGACAUCAUCAGGUCACCGUGGAGGAAACCCUCGCUGAAGGUGGUUUUGCCAUCGUGUUUUUGGUUCGGACCAAUCAGGGUGUUCGAUGUGCGCUGAAGAGAAUGUACGUGAAUAACGAACACGACCUGCAGGUGUGUCGCCGAGAAAUUCAAAUCAUGAGGGAUCUCUCAGGCCAUAAGAACAUUGUGGGCUACGUGGACUCGAGCGUGACGGCUGUAGGAGGCGGUGAUGUGUGGGAGGUUCUCAUCCUCAUGGACGUGUGUAAAGGAGGUCAGGUGGUGAAUCUGAUGAACCAGCGUCUGCAAACGGGAUUCACAGAGACUGAAGUGCUGCAGAUUUUCUGUGAUACGUGUGAAGCUGUAGCUCAACUGCACCAAUAUAAAACUCCCAUAAUCCACCGGGACCUAAAGGUGGAGAAUAUCCUGUUACAUGAUCAGGGACAUUACGUACUGUGUGAUUUCGGCAGCGCAACCAAGAAGUUUCAAAACCCACAGAGUGAUGGAGUGACUGUUGUGGAAGAAGAGAUCAAAAAGUACACCACUCUCUCAUACCGAGCUCCUGAAAUGGUGAACCUGUAUAACGGUAAACUUAUCACCACCAAAGCAGACAUCUGGGCUCUGGGAUGCUUGCUGUAUAAGCUGUGCUUUUUCUCGCUGCCCUUCGGAGAGAGUCAGGUGGCCAUAUGUGACGGGAGCUUCACCAUCCCAGAUAACUCCCGUUACUCCUACGACAUGCACUGUCUAAUCCGCUACAUGCUGGAGCCGGAUCCGGAUAAACGGCCCGAUAUUUAUCAGGUGUCUCACUUUGCUUUCCGACUCGCUCGACGUGAAUGUCCUGUCCAAAACACACAGAAUUCCCCACUUCCCUCUAAGCUCCCUGAGCCAAUAAGAGCAAGCGAGGCAGCAGCGGCGAAGAAGAGCCAAACACAGACGAAGCCCAGGCUCACAGAUCCCAUUCCCACCACUGAGACGUCCAUCACGCCACGUCAGAGGCCCAAAGCUGCUCAGGCUCAGCCAAUAGGAGGCGUCCUGCAGAUCCAACCUGCUGCACUCACACCACGCAAGAGAGGUACACCUAUACACUCAGCUGUGAGUGUGAAUUUGGCUCAGCCAGCUGCAGCACUGCAGUCUCAGAUCACACACUCCUCUAACCAGCCUCAGCACAAACAGUCCGUGCAGCCAAUCCCAGUUUCGGCACCUGUAUCAGGAAGUGUAACUCCACCAGUGACAAGCCCCGCCCCUCCAGCAGUAACAAGUCCUGCUCCUCAGAAAGCCACACCCACUCCUUCAAGUCCGGUUCCACCCACCGCUCCAGCACGUAGUGCCAAGCGCAAACAGCAACAACAACAAAAUCAACAACCACCACAACAACAAAAACAGCCUCCUCUUGCAGCACAGCCACUUGAAGCCACGCCUACUACCACACCCCCUGCCCCACCCACUGCUGAGGAAAUGCCUACCACUAUGGGCCUCUCCCAAACCCCGCCCUCUUCCCCAAGGACCCAGAAGGCAGGGCACAGACGCAUCCAAAGUGAUGUCACACACAGUGCAAUGGUUGGUGUGUGUGCAAGCCAGUCAACGCAGCAGCUACAGGCUGCUACAGCCGAGGCGAACCUCAACAAAUCCAAGUCAGCCAGCACCACUCCAUCCAACUCUCCACAGUCUUCCCAGCAGAGUGUGUAUGAAUCUAGCCAGCAGUGCGGAGCCACCACUUCUGUUCCAAAUCUUGUCACCACUUCUGCCCAAAGUCUUGCCACUUCUUCUGCCCCUCCUGCCCCAAGUCUAAGCGCAACUUCUGCUCCGAGUCUUAGCACCAGUGCUGCUUUGAGUCUUAGUGCCCUGGACCAGCCGUCCUGGAACCCCUUCGGCGAUGAUAACUUCUCCAAGCUGACAGCCGAGGAACUGCUUAACAAAAACUUCACCAAACUCUCCAAAGAGACUGUAGAGCCCCCGAGCAUUUGCACAGAGGAACUUCUGCCUGGACUGGACUCUGUUGAACCCAUUACUCAGCCUUCAGCUGAAAGACCUGCUGAUAUUCUGGGGUUGGAUUCAGGUGCUGAUUUACUGGCAGUACCAGAAAAGCUAAUAGAGGGUCUGAAGUCUCCAGAUGCAUCUCUUUUGCUGCCUGACCUCCUGUCAAUGUCCGACCCCUUUGGUAGUUCUGUAGAAGACAUGAGAGAUGGAAGUGCUGAGGUGUGUGUGGACUCCCUGAUUCCUGGACUGGAGGCUCCUCAGGUUCAUCCUGUGCAGACAGACGCAGUGAGGAAUGAUACUCUGAGUGGAGAAGACUCUCUUUUGGGCAGUCCUUUCUCCUCUGGCCCCGCCCCCUGUCUAGAUGAAUUUGCACCUGUGUCAGGAGGAUCUGCCCACAGCACGACAGACUCGACUUGCUUGAUCUCUGGCUUUGAGCCGCCGGGUUCAGACAAAAGCGCAGAUGACGAGUUUGACCCGAUCCCAGUUCUUGUCUCCAAAACAUCUCAAGGCUCCUCCCACAGCGCUACUGGCUCUGACUCCAGUUUGCCCAGUUUGGCUUGUUCACUGCUGCUGGUGGAUCAGCUCAUCGACCUGUAGAGCUCAACGCUCUCUGUCUAAAUCUCUCACUUCAUCCCUCCCUCCCUCCACCCACCCAUCCAUCCAUCCAUCCAUUCAUCCAUCCAUUCAUCCAUCCUUCCCUCUGUCUGUCUAACUGCUUUGCUUUCAGCCUCCGUCCUGCUGCUCUCCCUUCUUUUUUCAUCUCUCCACUGCAAUCCUCUUCUGAGUUUUUUUUUUUCUUGGGUGGGGGGGGUUCAUCUCUUCUUCAUUCAUGUUACAUUCUUCAUUCUUUCAUCAAAAAAACCUGCAUUACAUUAGUCGGUUUCUGUUUGUGUGUGAAUGUGUGUGUGUUUGAGAGAGAGAGAGACACAUCUCACCUUAUUGAUUGAUUAGAAAGACAUUUGGAUCUUAUCAUAUCUCAGACUUGCACUGCACUUUGUAGUUUCUAUUAUUAUGUUAAAUCUCUUUUUAUUUAAUACUAUUUAUAAUAUUUUUAUUUUUUAUUAUUUUUUUAUUUCUUUCUUUGCUUUCUUUCUCUCUCAUAUUUUCCCUUUUUUCUUUUUUUCUGUUCUUUCUUUCUCUGUCUCUAUCGCUCUUUCUUUUUCUUUAUUUUUCUCUCAUUCUUUUUCUCAUGUUCUCUCUCUCUCUCUCUUUCAUUCUUUUUUUCUCUCAUUCUGCCUCUUUGUUCUCUCUCUAUUUCUUUUCUAGAUCUUUCUUUUUCUUUCUCUCUUUUGUUCCUUUUUAUCGUGUUUUUCUUUUUUUCCCUCUCUCUUUUCUUCUUUCUUUUUCUCUCUUGUUCAGAUUUCUCUCAUUCUUUCUCUCAUCAUUUUUUUCUUCUGUUUUUUCUUUUUGGUCUUUAUUUUUUCUCUCUUGUUUCUUUUUCUGUUUUUUCUUUCUCUCCCAUUUUUCUCUCUCUCAUUCUUUCUUUUCCUCUCCUGUUCUUUUCUUUCUUUCUCUUCCCACAUGGUCAUGCAUUCAUUUCUGUCCGUUUCCCCAUGGUCCAUCCCGUCUUCCCCCUCACUGAUGUAAAUAGGUGGUAUGUGUGUGUGUGUGUGUGUGUAUGUGUGUGUGAAGCCCUAAGUGUAAAUGAGACGUGUAUAUCUGCGCUGUAUGCAGUGAUGUGUGUAAAGAGAGUCUUACUGUCGUUACUGUAGUGAUAUUAUAGAUUAUUAUAGACUUUAAUGCGAUCUUUCCUGUAUGCCUAAUUAAGAUUCUAUGUGAAUAUGAAUAGAGCGUUAGUGAACGAGUGUGUGUGAGAUAUAAACAUAUGUAUAUGAGUCAUAGAUUAUUCAGAAGAAUUCUUUAUAUCUUUAUGUCAUGUGUGUUGAGUAGGCAUGUGCCGAUAACCGAUUAUAUAAUAUAUUGCAAUAUUGUCAGACAAUAUUGUUACCAUGGACACAAUAUCAGCUCCCUAGGUAGGCAGCAUUCAGAAAGUGAAAUAAGGAAAACUGUCUUCUUAUUUUGGACAAAUUAAAUGCAGUGCUCAGAUCUCCUUAUUAGAGCCCUAAUAGCAAUAUUAGAGUGCUGUGAGGCCACUUGUCUGCCAUACAGGCAUUCCCUCUUCAUCUAUGGAAGUAUUUCCUGAUAUUGUAGGUAGAGCAGUAACACCCAACACAAGUGUAGUGGCCAAAUAUUCCAGGUGAAAAUUCACUGACAUUACUGUUAGCUUAGCUAUCACUCUAACUUCACUUAAUCAGUUUUCAACUUCACUUAAUCAGACUUGGCUCUUAGAACAAUUGAAUAUUUCACACGGUCAUUCACUCAGUUAUUCAUUCAUUCACUCCGUCAUUCACUCAGUUACUCAGGCAUUCACUCAGUCAUUCACUCAAUUACUCAUUCAUUCAUUCAUUCACUCCGUCAUUCACUCAGUUACUCAUUCAUUCACUCCGUCAUUCACUCAGUUACUCAGGCAUUCACUCAGGCAUUCACUCAGUCAUUCACUCAGUUAUUCAUUCAUUCACUCAGUCAUUCACUCAAUUACUCAUUCAUUCAUUCAUUCACUCAGUCAUUCACUCAGUUACUCAUUCAUUCAUUCACUCAGUCAUUCACUCCGUCACUCAUUCAUUCAUUCACUCAGGCAUUCAGUCAGUUACUCAUUCUGUCAGUUACUCAGUCACUCUCAGACUGCCAGUCAGUUGUUCAGUCAGUCACUUAGUGACUGUCUGUCUCACUCUUUCAGUCACUCACUCAGUCACUCUGUUAGUCAGUCACUUGUUCAUUCACUCGUUCAUUCAUUCGUUCAUUCACUCAGUCACUGUCAGUCAGUCAGUUGUUCAGUCAGUCACUUAGUGACUGUCUCACUCUGUCAGUCACUCUGUCAGUCACAGUCACUCAUUCAGUUAGUCACUCUGUCAGUUACUCAGUUGUUCAGUCAGUCAUUGAGACUUAUGUCUCAGUUAGUCACAUAGUCAGUCACUCAGACAUUCAGUCACACAGUAAGUCACUCAUUCAGUCAGUCAGCCAGUCACUCAUUCAGUCACACAGUCAGUCAGUCUCACUCUCACUCACUCACUGAGCAAAUCAUUUGAAGUCUAUGUGUCAAAAGGGGCCUAAUAUGGAGAUGUAUGAUUCAGCAUUGAAUGUGCCCUUCGCCACUGGAACAAGAUGCUGCCAAGUGGAGACAUCUACAUUUUUUCUAAACACAGUAUUGUGAUGAUCUCGCAAAGCCAUGAUAUGAAGUUUAGCAAUGAUCGUGAAGUGAAAACGGAAUAUUGGCACACGUCUGGUGUUUCUGAGCCCUGUGUGUUUAUGUGAAUGUGGAAAAUAUUUGUUUGAGUUUCCUGGAGUCUGACUUCUGCAGCAAUUGUGUGUGUGUAUGAGAGAGAGAGAGAGAGAGAGAGAGACCUAUUCAAAUGUGUGUAUUUAAUAAUGACAUGCUGAUGCCUAGAAACACACACAUAUCUCAGCAUGACAGUGUUUUAGAUUACUGUUUUACAUUAAGACGUGCUUGUGACAAAGAUUUCAGUCAGGUGUGUGUGUAUGUGUGUGUGUGUGUGUGUGUGUGUGUGUAUGUGUGUGUUCUCUUUGAGAUGGCAAUUAUAAGAGUUGGAUCCAGUAUAAACUUGUCUGCUAAAAGCACAAUCUCUCUUCUCUUCAUCCUAUUUUCUUUUCCUCUUUUUCCUCUCUAUCUCUUCCUAACUGCCAUAGAGGGCUCGGCUAUGAAACUCUUCUCUCCUUUUUAUUUCUUUCCUUUUCUUUUCCACUCCCAUUCUAAUUUCUCCUCUUCCUGUUUUCUCAUUACACUCCUUCCUCUUCCACUCUGUCUCCCCUUUUAUCAUAUUCUCUCCUUCUCUUUGUCUGUCUUCUUCUCUUAUUUCUUAUUUCUUUUAUUUUUUCACUCUUCCAUACAUUUCUCUUCUCUUCUUUCUCUCACCACUCAGUCUUGAUUUCCUGUUCCUCUCCGCAUCUCCUCUUUCUUCCCUUUUUUUCCCCCUAUUCCUCAUCCUUUCUCUUCUCUAAAUCUUUCCUUUUCUCUUAUUCCUUUCUCUCUACUUGUCUCCCCCUUCUUUAUCUCAUCAUAUCCUCUCCUCCUUCUCUUAUUUCUCUUUCUAUGUUUCAUCUUUCUAUCCUUCUAUCGUACUUGUCCUCAAUAAAGCAGGUGAAUGAUUUCUUGAGCGAUGCUGAACUGUACUCUAAUAACCUAAUCACCGGUCGAGCCACUAAUCAGCAUUAUUGAUUGAUUAAUGUGAAUGACCAUCUUGAGUGUUUGCCUGUUUAAACAGUUCCCUCUGCUGUAGUGUGCAUGGAUAAUUACAGAACCUGUCACAGCUCAGGCGCAGGACCAUCCUGAUUUAGCGUUCUAUUUUUCUGAUAAAGCCUGUGCUCAUAUUUCCCUGCUCUGUACAGUCGCGUGUAGGAAACGCCGCUAACCCCUAUGCAAUCUCAGCGUUUCAGCAUAGAUCACACCGCUGUCCUUCAAUCGCCUUGCAGCUGCAGUUCAGACUUGUGUAUUUGUGCAGAGAUUACCCUCAAUUCUUUUUAUGUGCUCAGAUGUGGUUGUUUUUUUUUUUUUCUCUCUCUGUUGGGGUUCGAAUCGUCACCGUAGCAAAAUCCCGAACCCGUUUGUUAGAGCGGAGACGACUCCAUGUGCACCUUCUAUAUUUUUGUCUAAAAGAGAAUAAAAAUUAAGAAAGCGUGUUCAAUAAACAUGUACAUGUGAAACGUAAGUGUUUAGUGGUGUUCAUUAGUGCAAGCACCUCACUCUUCUCACUCUGCGGCAAUAAGGAAUAAAACACUACACAAAGUGAACUUAAUGGUACAUUUUCCUAUAAUUAUUCCUCUCUUACCUAAGAAAUAUGCCAGCGAUUAUUAUUUAUUUUAUUUAUUCAAAACAGUGUGUACUUUUUAUCCAUUUAUAGUUAUGUUUAAUGUUGUGAUUUGUCCCCGAAACAAGUUAGUUCUUGUUAUCACUUACAUUGUAUUGUACCUCAAAAGCCUCUUUUUACUCUGUGUAUUGAAGUUAAUAAGACAAACGGUGCAGCUUGUCAUGUUAUCAAGAAACCACAAAGCACCACGUCCUCCCUCCUGAAGCCUUUCCUGUGUCAGAAAAUUGGAAGCUACAGCUUUAUGUCUGACUGUUCCAAAGUGCUGAGACUGGAGACUCCUUCCAUGAAUGCUAAAUCAUCAUCUCUUCGAAGAAAACUUCACUAUAUUAACAAUUACACACAUUUUUUAAAAAGUCUGUUUAUGUGGAGCAUCUGCCGUACAAGUCCUUGUGUAAGUUGUUAGUAUGAAAACGAUACCAUAUUAGAACGAGCGCAUUUAUAUAAAUCUGUAAUUUGAAUUACAGCUGGAACUGCUGUUAGAGUAACUAAUAUGUUAUUGUUUCUAUAGUAACAGCUCAUACACAGGGACUUGAACGGCAGAUGCUCCACAUAAUCUAAGACUAAUAAACAGAUUUAAAAAAUGUGUUGUUUAAGUUGAAGGCAUCUCGGUUGUAAGCGCUUUUCAACAGUCACAGUGGUUUGCUAAGUUUUGCUAAGUACAGGAAAGUCUUCAGGACAGAGGAGUUUGUUUUCUGUUUUCUCAGUAUAAUAACAAAUGAAAUGAGAGAGAGAGAGAGAGAGGGAGGCUUGUGAUGGAACAGCUGCUCUAACAUAAGUGAUAACAGGACCUAUCUUGUGUCUCAGGCUUUCCACAACAUUACAUCUAAUUAUAAACCAUUAAAGUGUGUGACUCCCCAGCAUGCAUUAUUUUCGUAUAGCCGCACAGUCUGUUGUGUGUUAGGCAUCUCUUAAUUAAUUAACACCUUCUGACCAAUCAGAAUUGAGAAUGCAACAGAGCUGUGGUAUAACCAGCUAUGCAAUAUACCAAUAUAUUCAAUAGUGUAUAAGGCAUUCUCAUAAUUCUGUUCAUUUACAACUGAUUACAGAAAGAUGUAUGUAGCCAUGAUAGAAGGAUAUUUUAUUUUAUAGCAGACAAGAAAUCACUAACAAUCUCAGAAAUGAAAGUAUGCGACCUAAAAAUUGCUCUCAUGCUACUCUGGCUAACAACUUCUGCCUCUUCUUCUCCAGGUAAGAUUUAUUUCACCCUGAUUUACAAUUCCUAAUAACUGGUUUUUUUUUUUUUUGGUUUUUUUUUUUUGGUUUUUUUUUUCACAUUUUUGUGACAUUACAUUAAAAUUGCCAUACAUUCUUCUAAGAAACAGACGAACAUCUUAGUGGAAAAUCUGAGUUGAAAACAUGACAAGCAAAUGUUACUAAAUGUCCUCUUAUUUCUUGAUGAGGGUAAAAGCGAAGGUGUUUCUUGUUUGGUCUGAUGACAUUUUAUUGUGAAACUACCACAUCAAGCCAUUUGAUAUUUAAUAUAGAACUCAUUUGUGGUGUUCAAAACUAACAUCUGUCCUAAACAGUGUAGAUUUUACUUUGGUCGAAAAUAUUUAAAAUAGGCUUAUUGAAUGUGAGUGAGGUCACGGACACAGGUAAUAAUAAUAAUAAGCUGAGCUUCCUGUUAAAGAGUACCGAUGUAGUGUGUAUAUCAGUAUAGUCAUUCAUAUUGUGUGUGUGUGUGUGUGUGUGAGAGAGAGAGAGAGAGAGAGAUAAAGUGAAUAUUUUGUGGAUGAGAGACCUGGAAGUGAUGAAAUAUAGAUAGAGCUGCCAUCCACCAGUUUUCUUCAGGUCAAGACUGACACGUGUUGCCUCUGAUAGAAGUCACCACAUAUUUUCAAAGCGCCACUCGUGAAGUGUCAGGAAGAGAAAGAAGUGUUGUAAUUGAUUUAUCAGCUGACAUUCGUGAUUGGCUAGUAUCGCUUUGAUUGACAGGGGAGAGGAACAAUCUCCUUCCCUCCCAGAUAAGACACUCCUGCUCUUCUGGACGUUUAGCUGUGGCAUCUUUUUAGGAUUCGGAUUCCUGAUCUCUUAACAAUGGGGCAUUUUUUCCUCAUCUGUCUCAUGCACGUCUCUCAGAAUAGUUACGCUUCUAUUUUAGCCCAGGUUUCAGUCAGUGUGUGACUCAUGUGUGCCAGUUCAGGACUCAGUUCAUCCAUCUGCAGUUAUUUAAUGCACUUUCUAUAUGUGCAUUUUAUUCUAAAUCAUUAUCUACAGUGUUGUGAUUGUGUGGCCUGUAACUGCAGAGCAGUAUGUUUAGAUGUUCAUGAUUUUACACCCCCAUAAAUAAACCGGAAUAAGCACAAAUGUUAUAAAUUGUGUUGUAAUUACACUUUUGACUUUUUUUGGCUUUAGUUUUUAGUUUUUAUUUGUGUCAGACUCAGUUGGAAGGUGGUUUACGCUACACAGACAAUUCAAUUCAAUUCAUUUUUAUUUGUAUAGCGCUUUUUACAAAGGUCAUUGUCUCAAAGCAGCUUUACACAAACAAAAGUAAAGUGAAGUGUGUGUGUGUGUGCCGUCUCUGAUGAGCAAGCAGGGCGACGGUGGCAAGGAAAAACUCCCUGAGAUGGUGAUAGGAAGAAACCUUGAGAGGAACCAGGCUCAACAGAGAACCCAUCCUCAUAUGGGUUUACACUGUAGUGUGCGUGUGUGUGAGCACAAUGUGUGUUGGUGUAGUCCAUGGAAAACAGCUGAAGCGUUUUCGUGGCAGUAUGAAGCAUUGCCGGUGGACAGGUCCAGAGUGAAGGGGGGGAGGUCUGGAUCACCGGCAGCUCAGGAGUGUAGACAGUCAUAGGUCACAUUCUAUGUGAAUUCCAGAUUAAAUUUGCUAUUUGAAAUCCCUUUAAAUAUAAUUUAAAUGGCAUCAGACAAGGCGGCGCACUUGGUGGCUGUUACAUCUCGGGAUAAUAAUAACUGCAGGAAUGAUAGAAUGAUGCCUUGUUGAAUAUCAUACUUUACUAGGCAACUGAUUAUUGCCUGAUCUUUUCUUGUGCUG